CAGCCCCGCUCUCUCCCGCGCCGAUCUCGGUCGCCGCUGUCGCCGAGGGUCUCAGCACAGUCUGCGGCCGCCGCGGGCCGCGCCGGAAGCUGAGAGCGGAGGCUGAGUCCCGGAAUGGCGCGCCAGGUGUCCGUGGCCUUCCAGGACCUGGCCGUGAGGUUCUCCGAAGAGGAGUGGCAGCUGCUGGGGGAGGGGCAGAGGGCCCUCUACCGGGACGUGAUGCGGGAGAACUACGAGACACUGCGCUCCCUGGGGACAGAUGGGCUGCUCCCCCUCUCUGCUUUCCUGUCGCCUGCGGAGCCUGGAGGAGCCAUGGAAGGCAGGCGCUACGCUGGUGAGGGGCAGGAGACUCCCAGGGGAGGAGGCCCCCUGGGAGGAGCACCCCCGCACAGCCUGCACCUCACUGCCCUGGUGCAGCUGGUCAGGGAGAUUCCGGAGUUCCUGUUCGGGGAGGUCAGCCCAGAGACCGAGAGCGGGAGCGGGGCCGUCAGCCUGGACGGGGAGCAGGGGAGCCCUGAUGUAGCAGCUGGGACCGUGGAGACUUGCGCUUUCCGAGGCCUUCUCAGCUGCCUUCCAGACACGUCCACUGGCUGGCCCCGCAUGGCCACCACAUCUAGCAGCGGCUCAUCGUCCAGCAGCCCGCCUGGAGCCAGGGGCCAGGGGAGCCCCCUCCCCUUCAAAACUGCAGACAAACCAAGAUCUACAGAGAAGGACGGCCCAGAAGCCCCAGGUGGGGAGCCCAGCCCUCCUACCUGUAGCCCCAGCAGGAAGAAGGGCCAUGGAAGACAGGAGAAAGGGACCCUGGGGACAGGUGCCGUGGGAGUCUCCCCUGGGAACAGCCCCUUGCAAGGCCUUAUCAACUGUCUGAAGGAGAUCCUCGUGCCUGGGUCCCAGUACCCUGAGGUGUCCCAAGGCUUGCUGCCUCCCGUCGCCGGCCAGGGUGCCUCUCAGCGAACCAGAGCGGAGCUGGGGCCUGAGAGCCUGCCCUGGGAAGUGAAGACAGAGGCAGCUUCCGGGGCUUGUCCCCUGCAGGGUCUGCUGAACUGUCUGAAGGAGAUCCCGGAGGCCCGGCACAGGCGUCCCAGCCCCUUGGGCGUGGGGCACCCGCCACUGCAGGAGGACCCAGGGGCCUGCCCAAGGAAUUCUGGAGGGCCCAGACCCCUCCAGACCCCUCCUCCUGGCCCUGGUCCCGGAGCUGGCAGCGCGCUCUCCAUGGUGAAGAUGGAGGACGGCUGGGCCCGGAGCCCCCCUGUGCCUGCAUCCUGUCAGCUCAGCAAGUGGACCCGCAGCCCCUCUGCCACCAGCAGCCAGGGGGCCGAUGGAGAAACCAGAGGGGUCCAAGUGCCCAGCUGGGGUCCCCUAGCUCAAGCUGGCAGUGCCUCGAGCUCACCCCUGGAAGCCCUGGAGGCCUGUCUGAAGGGCAUUCCCCUGAGUGGGUCGUUACCUCCCCAGCCGCCGGCCGCCUCUGGAUUCCGGAGCCCUCAGCCGGGAGACCCCGGGUCUCAGAGGCCCGAGCUACAGCCCUGCAGAUCCCACAGUGAAGAGGUGGCUGGGGGUCCUCUUCUGGCUCUGAGUCUGCCGGGCUAUGUGAGAGGCAGCCCUGCCCUCCCGUCAGGUCCCCACAGCACCCCUCCCAGCUUCUCCUCAUCCAGCAGCACCGAUGGGGACCUGGACUUCCAGAGCCCUGGGGGCAGCCAGGGACGUCCACGGGGAAAAGGAAGCCCAGUGGGAAGCUCCCCGCUCCAGGGCCUGGAGAACUGUCUCAGAGAGAUACCUCUGCUCAGGCCACAGUCAGCCUCGUCCUGGUCCUCGGCAGGGGACAGGGCGCCCCAGAGGGGGGGGCCCAAGAACUGGACGGCAGACAAGGAAGGACUGAGAGGCGAGGCCGGGGAGCCAGUUCAUCUGGGACAGAGUCAGGGGGAAGCAGCCACCAGCAGCUUCCAGCUGGCCAGCCCCCAGGUGCUUACCUCCAGCGGUGUCCCCGUCUGCUACCAGCGAGGGCUCAAAGACCACGGGGCUGCCCGGCCGGGGCCAUGGAGGGGGCUCCAAGACGGUGCCGCCCCAAAGCCCUCCCCGCUCCGCUGUCUGGAGAACUCUCUGAAGGGGAUCUUGCCUGGGAGGCCCUUGCGCUUCGACUGUUUGGCGGGUCCCAGCCCCAGCCCCGGCUCCAGCUCGAGCUCCAGCUUCAGCAGCUCAGAAGGAGAUGAGCUCUGGCAGCUGCUCCCACAGGGAAAAGCAGAAGAGAAGACAGGGGGCAGGUUCCAGUUGCCCUGGAGAGACGUGUCCUCGGAAACCCCGGGCCGACCUGCCCCCCCGGGCAGUGCUGGAGGAGGGGCCGCUGGGAACCCCGGCCCUGCCGCUCAGCCUGAGAAAAGGGCUGGCCCGGGGCCCUGCCAGCCUCUUGGAUCAGUCCCUGGGCCCCUGGCCUGGAAGCCCAGGGUCGGUGAAGAAUCCGGGGCUCUGGGGCCUGGAAACGGAAGACCCAGUGUUGCAGGUGAACUGGUGGCUUCCCUGUCUCCUCAGGUCAUCAGGGGCCCUUGGGCACAGGCGGGGACCCACGGGAAGCCACUUCCCAGAGGCCUGCAAGAGCCGCCCGCUGCGGCUGCUGUCCGGCCGGCUUUGCCGCAGGUGCCCCCACCGCCGUGCCCCUGUGGAAGCUGUCUGCAGCCCGAGCUCCGCAGCCUGGGCGCCGCCCUCUCUGAGAAGCUGGAUCAGCUCGCUGCGGCCCUGGCAGGCCUGUCUCAGGAAGUAGCCACCAUGAGGACCCAGGUGGAUCGGCUGGGGAGGCGCCCUCGGGGCCUUGGGCCCAGGUGCCAGGCUUCCUGGCCGUGGGCCCCCUCCCGGGGCUCUCGCUGGGCUAAUGGCCCUGCGCACAGACACCUGCCCUACUGGAGACAGAAGGGCCCCACCAGGCCGAAACCAAAGAUCCUGCGUGCUCAGGCGGAAGGCGGCAGGGCUGGUGACACCUCAGGCCUUUCCUGCCGAAGGUUCCGCCCGGCAUCCCAGCUGCCUCCAGACGCCCCCACGGCAGAGCCUUCUGGACCCAGUUCCAGCCCUUCCCAGCAGCCGCUCUCCUCAGCACGCAGCUGCCGCGCCGUGGUGCCUCUGCGUGCCUCCCUUGGACACUCGGGGGGUCCCCAGAGUCCCUCCACCCCUACAGUGCCUACUGCCCUUGUCCCCACAGAUGGGUCUGCAAGCAGAGUCGAGGCAGAGUCGCUGUUCGCGGCUGCGGUGCCACCAGGGGCCCGGAGGCGGCCCAAGGAUCCAAACAGCCUGAUGGCGGGGGUCCAGAGAGCGCUUGAGGAGCAGCUGUGGGGUGGGGAACACAGGGCCCCGAGGUGGGGCGCCCCUAACCACCUUCUUCAUCAGCUCAGUCCUGCUGAAGCUGUCCAGAGCCUGGCCACUUCUCCUAGGGGCUGUCCCACGCCCUCACCCUGCUCCGGCCGAACCUUCCCUGCUUCUGGGCCCUGAAGGUGUUGGGAGUUCCACCAUUGGCCUGAGCACCCCUGACUUUGUGCCGCUGUUUGCUCAGGGAGGCCACUGUUUGGGGCGCAUUUCUCAGCCACGCCUUGGCCUUCUUGGCUCAGGUUCAUUCAGGUACUCCGUCCCUGUCUUGUCCCUCCCACUGGGACGGCCCUAGCCGGCCGGGGUCUGGUGGGCCCACAAGCACAUGCACACCACACUUGCCUGGCCACUGCGUCAUCCACAGAGGGACCACAACCGCCCCACUUCCUAGCAUCCGCCCUCCCUGAUCUCAGCCCGGAGGAGAGCUUGGCCCUUGUUGUCCUGGUAAAUCGGGGGCCUGGGUUUCAUUUGGAGAGAACUCUGCCUCGUGGCCCAAGCUGGAUUUGCCUGUGUGGAGUCAGUCUAGUGUGAGAGGAGUGGGGUGCGGAGAUAAAGGCCCUGGGCUCCUAGGAUGGGGCUGCCCGUGGUUCUCUUCCCAGGACAAGUACCUGGUCGGCUCCGCUGCCUGCCUCUCCACACCCUCGGGCGAAUUCAGCCAACUCCCAGAAGGCUGGAGAGAUCAGCUGCUGAACAGAAUUUCCUGAUGAGUCCUUGGAAGAGCCCCGAACAUCAUACCGUGACCACAGACCACAGCCCAGUCAGUGUGAACAGCAGACACUCACUCUCUCAGCCUGGAGGCCAGAGUCCAGGGUCAGGGGGGUGGCCAGGCCUGUUCUACUGACGCAGUGAGAGAGACUGUGCCCCGGGGCUCCCUCCUGGCUUCUCACUGGUCAUCUUCAUGUCCACAUGGCUUCUCUGUGUCUGCGUGCGUCCAGAUUCCCCCUUUGUGUAGGACAGCAGCCAUGUCGGACUGGGCCCACCCCAGUGCCCUCACUGUGACUCGAUCACCUCUUUAAAACUCUGUCCCCAAAUAAGGUCACAUUCUUAGGUACUGAAGUUAGGACUUCAACAUGAAUUUGGGGGACACAUUUCAAACCGUAACACGUGUAAGGGGCUGGUUAGCUUUGUUGACUUCAUCUUGGGAGACGAGGGCUUGACUAAGGGGUCUCCAGACCAGAAGGGCCUGCUGUGCACCCCUGCCCCUCGCAGGUGGCACUCAGUGGUAUACUGGGAGUGCUGUCUGUGGCUUACCUGCCUCGUGUCUGUCCCCAGGGUCAGAUCUCUUCCCCCAACCUUAUGUUCCCACUUUCGUCCUUAUUGGAUGUGAGGAAUCUUCAGGAACUGUCUGUGCGCGCAUUUCCUAGGAGGAGCUGCCUGGCAGGCUCUGCCAUCAGGGAACAUGGGUGCCUGAGCUGAGACCCAGGCCAACUCGGGGCCCAAAAGGGGCUGUAGCCUUGUGGCUGCUGUGCUUGCUCAGGGCCGAGGGACACGCGGCUGGCUGCUGAGGCGGGAGGGAGGGGAGAGGGGCUGGGCUGACAGCCCGUCACUGAGCAGGUGAUUGCAAUGUAUUCAGGACUGAGUAAGUCCCAGGAGGACUGUCUCAGAAGCUCAUGUCCAGGAGAUCACAUCAUUGGAUGUUUAGGCCGCCUCUUCCCAGGUAGCCAUACUUGAUAAGAGAGUAAGGAGCAGAAAACUUACAGACUUUCUACUCAGAGACCUCAGGAAGAUGAGUCUGUUCCUUUCUUCAGGCUUCUGUGAGCGAGGCUGGGCACGUUUCAGAGCCCAUGAAGGGGACGGACAGGGCUGGGGGGAGGGGGUGGAGAGUGCGGUCAGGAUGACGAGGGUUGUGGGUGCCCCUGCUCAGCCCUCCCUUGGUCCUGCCCGCUGGCCUCCUAUCCCUUCUCCCCUUCUCAGUAGUGGUCACAGAGGGGUCAGCACCUACCUUGGGCAUUUUAGGGUUUUGUUUGGUGGACUUCAUAAGUAUCAGGCAUCACGCAGACCCUGUAGCAGGCGUGAAGGAACAGAUGAGCUCAGAGGGCAUAGGUGACCUUGAAGUUGCACAGCUUGUCCUUGGCGGAGCUCGCAGGAGCACUGCACCCCUGGUGGUGCUUGGCAGCGGGGCACAUGCCCUCACCUGCCAGGGAACCCUCCUUCCGGCCUUCAUCUCUGCUGCAGACAAGGAUGCUGGGGGCCAGCCUAGGCUCUGGUCCAGAUCCACCUCGAAGCUCAAGUCUU